UUCUUCUUUAGGUUCACCAAAAACCUGUCACCUGACAAGAUUAAUCUGAGCACACUGAAAGGGGAAGGUCAGCUAACAAACUUGGAACUGGAUGAAGAGGUGCUUCAGAACAUGCUGGAUCUUCCAACAUGGCUUGCCAUAAACAAGGUCUUUUGCAAUAAAGCAGCAAUAAGGAUACCAUGGACAAAAUUGAAAACUCAUCCAAUAUGUCUGUCCCUGGAUAAGGUAAUAAUGGAAAUGAGUACUUGUGAAGAACCACGUCCCCCUAAUGGGCCAUCACCUAUAGCAACUGCAUCAGGACAGAGUGAAUAUGGGUUUGCUGAAAAAGUGGUGGAAGGAAUUUCUGUUUCUGUAAACUCCAUUAUAAUCCGGAUUGGAGCGAAAGCUUUUAAUGCUUCAUUUGAACUUUCCCAGUUGAGAAUAUAUAGUGUAAAUGCAAACUGGGAACAUGGUGAUCUAAGACUUACUCGAAUACACGAAUCACAGUGUGGAGAGGUAUUAACUUUUAAAGAGAUCAACUGGCAAAUGAUCAGAAUAGAAGCAGAUGCAAUCCAAAGUUCGCAGCAUGAAAUCAUGAGUGCUCCAGUUCGACUGAUUACUAACCAAUCAAAAAUCAGAAUUACACUUAAAAGAAGGUUGAAGGAUUGCAAUGUAGUGGCAUCAAAACUUGUUCUAAUACUUGAUGAUUUGCUAUGGGUUUUAACUGAUUCCCAGUUGAAAGCUAUGGUACAGUAUGCCAAAUCUCUUAGUGAAGCAAUAGAGAAAUCAACUGAACAAAGAAAAAGCUUGGCUUCUGAACCCACACAGAGUUCGACCUCUGUACCCACCUCUCAGCAAGUGAAAACCCAUCAGGCCUCAGUAACACCUGAUCAAAAUGAUGCAAUUGUAAAACUGUUCAGUGAUUUUGAUGUUAAGGAAACUUCUCAUCACUUAGUAAUUUCUCACUUGGACCUGCAUAUAUGUGAUGACAUUCAUGCUAAAGAAAAAGGCUCAGACAGACGUAUUACAGGAGGAGCUAUGCAGCUUUCUUUUAGCCAUUUAACUGUGGACUACUAUCCUUUUCACAAAGCAGGAGACAGCUGCAGUCACUGGAUGUAUUAUAGUGAUGCCACCAAAACCAGAAGCCUAUGGGCCCAAGAAUUAUUACAUGAGUUCAAAAGCAAUGUUGAAUUGCUUAAACAGGCUGUGAAGGAUCAGAAUAUAGAUUCUCCAACUAAAUCCCCGCCUCAUGAUUCUCCUCAAAACAUACAAACAGGCAAGGAACAACAGAUACAUAAAGGAAAUCCAAAGGGUAAACUCAUGUCUUGUCCUGUUGUUGUUAGACUUGCAGAUUUCAAUAUAUACCAGGUCUCUACAGCAGACCAAUGUCGUUCUUCCCCUAAAACUCUGAUUUCAUGCAAUAAAAAGUCACUUUACCUUCCACCUGAAAUGUCAGCUAUCCAUAUUGAAUUCACUGAAUACUACUAUCCAGACGGAAAAGAUUAUCCUAUUCCAUGUCCGAACCUCUAUGUACAGCUGAAUGCUCUGCAGUUCACUCUGGAUGAGAGAAGUAUUCUUUGGCUAAAUCAAUUUGUGUUGGAUUUGAAGCAAAGUCUCAGUCAGUUUAUGGCCAUGUAUAAAUUAAAUGACAAUUCAAAAUCUGAUGAGCAUGUUGAUGUUAGAGUUGAUGGACUUAUGUUAAAGUUUAUCAUUCCACAUGAAAAGAAAGCUGAAAUCCAUAAAGAUCAACCACGUGCAAUUUCUAUUCAGAGUUCUGAAAUGAUUGCUACAAAUACAAGGCAUUCACCAAACUGUAGACACUCUGACCUGGAAGCCUUGUUCCAGAACUUCAAAGAUUGUGAAUUUUUCAGUAGAACUUUCACCAACUUUCCAAAAUCCCAUAACAAUUUUAAUCUUCUGCAUCCAAUCUUCCAGAGACAUGCUCAUGAACAAGAUACUAAAAUGCAUGAUGUCUAUAAAGGCUAUAUUACUCCCAAGCUAAAUAAAUAUGCACUAAAAACAUCUGCUGCCACUGAUGUAUGGGCUGUGCAUUUUUCCCAAUUUUGGAUCGAUUAUGAAGGAAUGAAAAGUGGGAAAGGCCGACCAAUAAACUUUGUGGACUCAUUUCCACUCUCUCUUUGGGUUUGCCAGCCAACAAGAUUUGUACAGUCACAAAAGGAGCUCUUUUCUUAUCAAACAGCUUUUAACAUUCCAAGAAGUGAUUCUAGUGACCUAGCUAAUAGACUUCAGCGCAAAAAGCUUUUAAGGGAAUAUUAUAGCACUGAGACAGAGCCCUUGACCAAUGGGAUUCAAAAUCGUCAUCCUUCAGACAACACUUCAGGAGUUCUGUCUACAAGUUCUUCCUCUGAUGCUGAUGUACAUGUCCUUGUUCAUAUUAAAAAACACGUUAGCAUGCAAAUCAAUCAUUACCAGUACCAUUUCUUACUGUUGCUCCAUGACUCGCUUGUAUUGCUCUUGGAAAACCUAAGGAAAGAUGUAGAAGCAGUCACAGGCAAACCCGCACAACAGACAGAUAUCUGUAUUGGGCUCCUACUUGAAAGUGCAGAAGUAGCUCUAUUGCUCCAUCCAGUGGCUCAGGCAAAACCCUGUAAGUCUCCAGUUUUGGGAGAUGAAAGUAUCACAGCAGAAGCUCUUUCCCCUUUGGUAAAGGAAGAAACUCUUGUAUCAGAGAGUAAAUUAAUAACUAAUGAUACAACACAGAGUGUGGGUAUGAAUUAUGUAACUGAGUGUAAAUCUGAGAGCACUGAGGCUAACAAAGUCAUUUUGAUGGAUCCCCUUCUUUUUAAAUCAGAUAGUGAUAUGGAUUUUCAGGCGGGAAUAUUGUUUUUAGACGAUACAUCAGAUAAAUGUUUGGGAAAAACAAAUGAAGAUGUUUAUAGUGGACUUUUCAGUAGAAGUGAUUCAGAUGAAGUCUGUGUGGAUUUGAGUGACAAAAGCAGCUUAUACUCUAGGGAUUUGUUGAAUGUUUUAAACAACAGAGAAGAUUCUAUUGAGUUACUCAUUGAUAAAGAGGAUGAUAAAAAUAUUUUUUCAAAUAAGCUAAGUAAUCAAAAAAGUGGAACUGAAGGCUCUCCUGUUAAAGUUGCAGAGUUAGAACCAGAAAUCACCGUACAAUCUGAAGAACCUGAAAUCAACAAAUUGUCUACAGUUAGAAUGCUUGCAUCCCAGUCUACAUUAAGUGGAAAGCCUAAGGAACGCUGCCCGUCCAACCUCCCUGCAUUCUCUGUUUCUUAUAAGAAUAUGAAGAGAAGUCCAUCACAAGUUUCUUUGGAUACCAUUUCUACUGAGAGUAUGAUGUUAGAAGAACAUUUGCUAGAGAGUGAUGGAAGUGACAGCCAAAUCUUUAUGGAGAAAGCCAUGAAUGACAAAAGACCAGCAGAAUAUGUGCAAGAUGAAGUCACAGGAAUUGACAAUUGUGGUGGGUCAUCUCCAGAUGCCAUCAGUGCAGCUUCAGAGAGUGUUCAAGAAACUAAUGAAGAAAUGAUAUCUGUUGUGGUUUUUAAAAUCUUUGGCGUUAAUGGUGAAAUUGACAUCAAAGGUGAAGACACAGAAGUAUGCCUUCAGGUGAAUCAGGUGAUACCAAGCCAGUUGGGCAAUAUCAGUGUUCGACAUUAUCUUUGCAACAGAACUGUGGGUUCAGAUAAUAAAUCUGUGGCUGGACCAAUUAAGUCAUCACCUGAAAUUAACUUGAGAUGGGAAAAUGGGCCAAGUGCUGUAGUACACUCUUUGCUGGCUGUAAAAAAUGGCUUUCUGCAAUGUCAUAUAGAGAAUUUUAGUGCUGAAUUCCUAACAUCUUCCCUCAUGAACAUUCAGCAUUUUCUAGAAGAUGAAACUGUUGCAGCAGUAAUGCCUAUGAAGAUAAAAGUUUCUAAUACAAGGAUUAAUUUAAAAGACGACAGCUCACGUGAUAAUCUCUCAGCUCCUGAACCAGCUCCUGUAACACUGCAUAUUGACCUACUUUUGUUAGAGAGGAAUGAUGAUGGUUCUUUUUGCAUCAGAGAUAAUCAAACAUUAAGCAAUGAUGUGUUGAACUACAAGAAAUCGAGUGCUACAGUGCAGCAAGUGGGUGGAGAUACCGGACACAAGACACAGAAUUGUGUGUCUCAAGCCACACAGACAUCUCCAGAAAUCCCCGGACCUUCUACAUCAAGACGGGCUACAGCUGAUUUCCUCAGAGAGGAGCUUAUUGAAGAAAAUGAAUGUCUUAAACAGGAACUAGCCAGAGCUAAAAUGGCUCUGGCAGAGAUCCACAUGGAAAAAGAUACUCUGCUUCAUCAAAUAAAGAGGAUGACCAUUGAACAUCAACAGUAGUGGAUAUAGUGUUUCAAAGAUUACACUGGAGGACGAAGGGCUGUAUUGAAAUAUUGUUUGUGAAUUAGUGAAAGACUAUCUUUUGACAUGAGCAUAGAACAAUAGGUUUGUGGAAUAAAUACUAUUCUGAGAAUUUAUGAAGGAACAGGAUUAGAAACUGCCAUGUGUUAUUUCUGUUUAUCCCUUUUAAGCAGAAGUGAUACAGGAAAAAUCAAUUUAUACUGUACUUUACUAAUUUCCCUAACAAAAAGGAUCUGAGCAUCUAAUUUUAAUAAUCUUGGAAGAAAAAUCAUCUGGGGGACAGACAGAUCUGAUGUUGAGAUGGUUCAAUGGGCCAGAGAAGAUGUUUACAUGAGUAAUUGAGUAAAGUGCAUACCAUGCAUCACUGAUAUAUUGUAUCUUUAUUUGCUAAGAUUAAAUGAUUUUACUGUUAACAAAUACAUACUUUAAAGAAGAUUACAUUUGCACUAUAAACUGAAUGGGUCUCAUUCUCUGGCCAUUAGAAGUUAACAUAAUUGGCCUCAAAGUGGCCCAAAGUCAGUGUAACUGGCCCAGGCAGGAUCACUAAGUUUGAAUAAUCUUCCUGUGGCAUAGAGACUUACUAGCAUUGGAAGAGAGCACUGUAUACCUGGGUAAUGGAUUGGGACCUUGUAACAAAAAUUGUAGCAGUGGAUUACUUCUGCAAGACCAGUCCUAUGCUUCAAAGUGGGUAUUGCAGACUGGUGCAAUUUAGAUCAUCCCUUAAACUAUUGUAUACCAUGCAGAAGGACUUGCUGUGCAAAGAGACAGCAAUGGAAUCAGUGGUAUGUGCAAAGAUGAGCUCUUAGCCAUUUUUACACACCCCUGAUCCAUAUGCUGCAUGGAUCAGCCAUGGCCAAUAUACUGUUCAUUUGUUUAUUAAAAAACUACUAGAAUUUAUAAAUUGUAUACCACUGUGAUUGGGAAAAAAAACUUUAGAGAAUCAUUAAUUACCCUGUUGAACUUGUGAAGUUACAAGGAAGUGUACUUAUGCAGUUUAAACUGUGGGUGAUUUGUACAAACUGAACUAUACUUUUCAGCUAAAAGAACUGAUACAUAUAUAUAAAUAAAAAAGCACAAAAUCCAGA